AUGCUCGGCGACGAAGGAACAGCAGCCGCAGCCGCAGCCACAGCCGCAAAGGCGACCGCAUCCUCAGCAACACCAGCACCAGCACCAGCAGCAGAGCAACAGAUGGCAGCCACCACACCGCCGCCUGACGCCAAGAUCAGCGCAGCUGAUGGCCGCUCCUACUGGCAGGGCAUCGACGCCGACGUGAAUGGUAUGUUAGGCGGCUUCUCCUACAUCAGCAAGGUCGACCUGCAGGGCUCGCGCAACUUCCUGGCCAAACUGGGCAUCGGUUCGAAGAGCGGUCUGCGGACGGUGAGCCGCGCUCUGGAAGGCGGGGCCGGCAUCGGCCGUAUCACUGAAGGGCUCCUCCUCGAUGUAGCUGAACAAGUUGACAUUGUCGAGCCCAUCUCCAAGUUCACCGCCGCUCUCCAGGAAAAGAAGGGCGUCGGCUCCGUCUUUAAUAUCGGCCUCGAGGAGUGGAAGCCUCUCGAUGGUACCGCAUAUGACCUUGUCUGGAACCAAUGGUGUGUCGGCCAUCUCACCGACGAUCAGCUUGUUGCCUAUCUACGUCGUUGCAAAGAGGUCAUUACUCCUACCGACGGCCUUAUUGUGGUCAAAGAGAACCUAAGCACCAGCGGCGUGGAUCUCUUUGACGACGUUGACAGUAGCGUAACGAGGGUGGAUGAGAAAUUCCGACUCCUCUUCGAGCAAGCGGGUCUUCGCCUAAUUCAGACGGAGCUGCAGCGCGGCUUUCCCAAGGAACUGUUCCCGGUACGCAUAUAUGCCCUCAAGUAG